ACUAGGGCUUUGUGGGGUUUUACGAUAAAUUAAUAAAUAGUAAUUACCUUUAAGGUCCUUAUAGUUAAGAUUCUUUUCAGAUACACCCCCUAUGUUUUAAUUGAAAUUAAUCCAAAAAUAUUAUUGGGCCAAAAAACUUACCUCUUGAUGGGCUUUAAGCGCGAAGCAAAAGAGGUUAUAAACGCUGUCGUUUUGAAAGUCCGCAAACAACGAAAUCUUCACGACUGUUUCUUCUCUCUGUUCCCCGGCGGCCGUGGGACUAUGUGGUCGGCGACGCUUGCUUUCCCUUCCUUAGUGGCUUCUUCAACUUCUCUAUCAUGUUGCAGAAACCGUAGACUUCCGAAGAUUCAAGCUUCGCUGUCUAGUUACCCUCUAGCGAGCAAAAUCAUGGUCAGAAAUUUGCCGUUUUCGACAAGUGAAGAUUUUCUACAAAAGGAGUUUUCAGCUUUUGGUGAGGUAUCUGAAGUGAAGCUUGUCAAAGAUGAGUCAAUGAAGAGAUCAAAAAGUUAUGCCUUUAUACAAUUCACGUCUCAAGAUGAUGCAUUUCUCAAACCGGCUCACAUUAUACAUAUACUCCCUCAAGAUAGAUGUUUUAGAAAAUAAUGUGUUAAAAAAAAAAUAAUGAGUUAAAUUCUCAUUAGGACAAUGAUCAAAUAUGAACACAUGUUGUUUUACUACUGAUAAACAAUCACUGACACGGUUCCA